AUGCCCGAAGGGCUCCCUAUCGAUUACGACCAGCCUUUGAACGGAACAAUGGCUGCCUAUGCGCAGCAGGUUCUAAUUUGUACAGGACAAAGAGACUGGACAAGUCGCAUCGAGGAUGAUGGUACGGCCCAAAGCUGGGGGAAUUUGACGAGAGGUCUGAAGAAGCUGAUGGGCCGUGGCGGACGCUUUGCGGAUCCAUUUAAUAACGUCAUGGUCUCGACUUCGUCCUUUGUUCCUUCAUCUACAGAUACCGCCUCCGCCUUUAUCUUUCCCCAAUUCAAAUAUAUCCCGUCGAUUCCUGUGGAGAUACCUGAGACUCCCAAUGCAGAGACCGAUCUUUCAACGUUUAUCCGAGCGUAUCUCCUCCCAGAGAAGCUAAAUCCUAUGCAAAACUCCCUUUCCGAAGCGCAUCAGGCUGAGCUCAUCCGCGAUCCGGAACUAGCAUCUAAGUUCCCCGAUGCUAUCGAUAUCCGCCAUUCCCCCGUUGUCUUGAUAUGCGGCCAUGGGGGUCGAGACAUGCGCUGUGGAGUCAUGGCACCUGUCCUUGAAAAAGAGUUCAGCCGGGUUCUGUGUGCGCGGGGAUUCUCAUCCACCGGAGCUGAGAACAAUCCAACGGACAGUCCUGAAUAUGCCCAUAUCGGCUUGAUCAGCCAUGUUGGCGGUCAUAAAUAUGCUGGAAAUGUGAUUGUGUACAUUCCCCCGGGAAUGAUGGUAGAUGGCUCCCCUCAUCCGCUGGCGGGUAAGGGUAUUUGGUACGGCCGCGUCGAGCCCAAGCACGUCCAAGGGAUUGUCGAUGAGACCAUUCUUGGUGGAAAGGUCAUAGCUGACCAUUUCCGAGGAGGGAUUGACCAUAAUGGAGACAUCAUAAGGUUUUAG